GUGCUAAAAUGGCCGCGACGGUUUCCGUGAAUUGUAGUGCUGUGUUGUGAAUGUGCGUGCAUUUCGACGGGUGGACCAUCACCUGGCUAGAACGUUGCGUGGGAAGCUACCCCGAAGCAUGACUGACAAUCCUGCGUCACUGGUACAAUUGAGGACGUGCUUAACUGGGGUGCAACGACCGGUCGAGCAAUGUUGCGCAGCGAGCAGUUCUUCAACUAAUGCGACGAAAGCUUCUUAUAGAGUACAUUGCCAAGUUUGGGGUUAAGAGGCUGACUUUUAAUCUCACCGAAGAGCCGUGGUAAACACAGGAGGAAAAUUCCAUUCUCCGAGCUAUUUCUGAGAAUCCGUCGUCUUGUCGAUAUAACCACGUAGAUGCAAGGAUGUCAAUCAUUAUAUAUUCCUUCCGUAUUUCGGCGGAUUUACGGCGCAACGUUAAUCGAAAUUAAUAUUUGAAUUCGAAGGAUCGAGGGUGCAUGCUGCGAUCGCUUUUUGACGAGGUUAGACAGCAUUGAAUUCCGGUUUAUCUGACGCAUUGCCUGUGAUAGUCAUCACAUUGCAGCUGCAAAUGAAAAUAAAAAGACCGUGCAGUUGAGUGCCAGCCUAUCGUUUAUUCACAUAAAUCAUCAGACAUCUUCUAUCAUCGGUAGUGAGAUAAAUCAUCCAAAUUAGCAGAGCAUCGCGUGUGGCGAACCAGGCGCUUACCGUUUCGCCACAGCCGGCAGUAACGGUGGAGGGGCCGGUGUCCAAAAUGUCUCCACCGACGAACGACGUGACCAACGGUGUGGUGGCGCCGCCCAGCACCCUGGCGCCUCGGGUUCCACCGACCACGAAUCUGUCGAACCCGUCCCUCACCAGCAUCAACCCACAGACGCACAAGCGUACCCCGAAGGACUUCAUCUUCGGCAAAGUAAUCGGCGAGGGAAGCUUCUCCACUGUUUACCUUGCCAAAGACAUCCACACCAGCAGGGAGUACGCGAUUAAGGUGUGCGAGAAGCGUCACAUCAUCAAGGAGAAGAAGACCGAGUACGUGAAGCGUGAGAAGGAGGUGCUGAACAUGCUCGCGGACGCCAAGCACUCGUUCGUGAGCCUGUUCUGCACCUUCCAGGACAUGGAGAGACUCUACUUUGUCCUGUCGUACGCUAAAAACGGCGAACUCCUACCCUACAUCAACAAGGUGGGCUCCUUCGACAUCGAGUGCACCAAGUUCUACUCGGCCGAGAUUCUGCGCGGUCUCGAGUACCUACACGGGCUCGGUAUCAUUCACCGGGAUCUCAAGCCGGAGAAUAUCCUGCUGGACGAGAAGAUGCACGUGCUCAUCACCGACUUUGGCAGCGCCAAGAUUCUCAAGGAUGAUCCGGAGACGGUGCUGACGACGGUGCCCGCCUCGGACGCAGACGCUCAACAGCAGCAGCAGCAGCAGUAUCGCAGGGACCGAAGGGGCUCCUUCGUCGGUACCGCUCAGUACGUGUCACCGGAGCUACUAACCGAAAAGACGGCGAGCAGGGCGUCCGAUCUCUGGGCUCUGGGCUGUAUCGUCUACCAGAUGGUCGCCGGCCUGCCGCCCUUCCGCUCCAGGAGCGAGUACAUGAUAUUCCAGAAGAUCCUGAAACUCGAAUACGAGAUACCGGACGGUUUCUGCGAGCUAGCCAGAUCGCUCGUCAGUCAGCUCCUGGUGCUGGAGCCGGCGCAGCGGCUGGGCGCUCUGGAUGAGCACGGCGCUGGUUACCCUAGCAUCCGGGCGCAUCCCUUUUUCGAGGGCGUCGACUUUGAGACUCUCCACGAGCAGACACCGCCGCCGAUCUAUCCGUACCUGCCCGGCACAUCGGAGCACGAGGAGAUGAGAUCGCAGUACAGAGUGCCCGACAAUCUCGAGCCCGGUCUGGACGACAAGCAGCUCACCAGGCUCCUCGGGCUGGGCAUUGGCGAGGACACCGACGACGAUGACGAUACCACCGUCACCACUGGUGCGGAGCAGCGCGCUGCCAUCAAGCCCGUCAGCAAAACCAUCACGACUGUGGAAAAGCCGAUACGAAGGCGGACCAACAUUGCCGACGGCGGAGCGAACAUCGCCGAUCUGACGACAGAGCAGGUCAGAACGCGGCUGGAGAAGCAGCGCGCCUCGAGCCAGUGGGACAUCUUCGUCGAGGGCAAUCUGAUAUUGAAGCAGGGCUUCGUCAACAAGAGGAAGGGCCUGUUCGCCAGGCGGAGAAUGCUUCUGCUCACCACCGGACCGCAUCUAUACUACGUCGAUCCUGUCAAUAUGGUGCUCAAGGGUGAGAUACCCUGGAGUCCCGAACUGAGGGUCGAGCCGAAGAAUUUCAAGAUCUUCUUCGUUCACACGCCGAACAGGACAUACUAUCUUGAAGAUCCAGAGGGAUUCGCAUUGGAGUGGUGCAGAGCUAUCGAGGAGACGCGAGUCCACUGUUACGGCCUGCAGGAGACGACCGCCACUUAAAAAGAGACAGAACACAGUGGUAAAGUCCGCGAGUGGUGAAAAUCGGUCCGUUUCCGACGAGAAGAGACGACGAACCGAAUUGUUCGUCCGCGUGUUAGCCUAUUGUAAAAAGGAUAGAUUAGUAGAUUUAUCGCGCGUCGAAAUCGCGCACCUUGUACAGUUUAGGCAGAAAUUCAUUAGGCAAAAAUUCCGAAAUGUGACCUCCGUCGUCAGGAGUCAUCGUCGUGCGGUGUCCAUUAUCACUUACGUUUGCUAUUUAUUUUGUUGAACCUGUAGAGAGAAUCGCAUCAUCUGCGCGCGAGAACUGCACGACGACGCCGCGACGUUCGCGUGUGCGCGGUGAAGAAAAAAAAAACAACAACGGAGGAUUAGAAAAAUUUCUAGCCAAGGCUUCGGCUCUGUAUUCGCAGCGCCUGCUGCCGUGCGACGUGACGCGAGCAUUCGUACGUUCGCGUGAGAUCGAGAUCGCUUGGAGGGAGGGGGGGGGGGGAGCAAAGAAAAAUAAAGUCCGCGCACCCGUAAAUUACAACGUUUACAAUUUUCGCGAUACGCGAUCAUCCGGAUUCAGCACACGAUCAAAACAUUUUCAACGUAAAUUGGCUUUCGAAAGAAGAAAAAAAAAAGGCGUUCCGGAUCACACUUCAGAAAAGAUUCUCUCGUCCAAAGAGGCCUCGGUUGCGUCGCACGGUGCCUGUUAUAGUACUUUAUUCCUAAGUAUAGUCAAAUUCACGCGUCACGCGCAGCGACGGAUACGCCGAAUGCAAUAUUUUAGGUGGAAUUAAAGGUCCGCGCGCGGCCCUUAGCUUAGACAUCGCCGCCGAGUUUAGAAGUCAAUUUAGUCGAGGUUUAGCCAAAAACAAACAACAACAAAAAAAUGAUUGAAACGGAAAAUGCAAUGGUGGAUAACGAGUCACUGUGCAGCUUUAACAAGACGUUUACGUUGCCUGUAAAGGAUCCCCGGAAUAUCGCGACAUUCCGGGCGAUCUUUGCUCUCUUCGCGGUGUACCACACACGCAGUAUUCUUUGUCACAUCGUCGUUUCCUCCCCCCUUUUUCUUGUUCGAACUUUUGUCCCUCCCCCUCGCGAAUACUUUCUGUAAAUAUUGUAGCGCGUUUCUACGAAGAGCAGGCCGCGUAAAAGCACUCUUACUCUGUAACAUAGUAGAUACGUAAGUAGGAAAGGAAAAGGAUAUCGUUGUCUUACCACGGCGUUUCUUCCCCGCUUAGUUCCACUUCUCGUCGUCUCUCCCCGGCCCUCGCGGACUCGAGCGUGUGCGAUCGAUAAAUUAGGUGGGAAAUAUUGAGGAGGGCGAGUGAUCGGUGUUUGUACUCUUUUCCGCACGUUCGUUUGUACAAAGAGCAGGACGCGGUGGAGAAAGAGGGCACGGGGAAUGAGGAACUUGGUUCUCGUCUCCUCCUCUGCGAAAGACUACACAUCUGAGAAAGGACUCUUAGAUAGCAAUAUAUAGACUCGUUUGAUAGCUUUAAGAGGCGCUAGUAAAAUUCGUUUAGAGCGUAUCGUCGAUCGGUUAAUAAUGUCGUUGUUUGUUUAGUGCGAUUAUUACAGUAUGAUUUGUAGCGUUUAGCGAAAUUGCGAUAAUUAUCGUUCGCGUAAUUGUUGCGGCAGUCAAGUAUUAGCAUUCAUUUUUUUUUCCCUCGCAUAUAUAAUAUGAAUUAGAUUAUUUAAUUGUGAACGGCCUCGCGUUUCUCGUUAAUUUAUUCCUACCGUUACUUGCCUCGAAUUAUUUAUUCUCGUUUCUUCUUUUUUUUUCUCCCCCCCUUCGUUUUUAAAUAGUCUUGCGCGCGAGGACCGCUGCGUACAUAGAGAUUACAGACUAGUUACUAUCGCUACCACCACUGCGACUAUAUUUACUAUUUAAAUUAUUAACGCUAACUACUAUACUAUUAUCUAUUACUAUUACUAUUAUCACCACUGCGUUGUUGCCACGUUACUGCGUACAUAUAUAUAUAUUAUAUAUAUUCUAUAUUAUACGUCAACUAUUGUCGUUAGACCUAGCUGUUUUUAGGUAUACACGUUUAUUGUAAAUACGUACUGCCGCGUUGAUAAGAUAAGGAAAAUCGAGACGCGAUUCGACACACCCCCUUCCCCCCCGGUGACAUCGCGACCGAGCCGUAGUUCGACCGUGUAUCAUACUUGUACAUUACUCUAAACAUACGGAAAUAAUAUAUAUAUAUACGUAUAUAUAUAUAUAUAUAUAUAAAAUAUUUAUGAAAUGUGAAUAAUAGUUAGGGAAUGAAACUGUGUAUAAACGUUCUUAGGUUUAAAAUCGCGUUUAGGUUUAAUUCUCGUUGAUUCUCGACACGGCUCGUUUGCGAUCUCCGCUGUGACGGAAACCUUUACUCAUCUCUCUUUCUUUCUCUCGCACGACGUAGAUAUAAACAGGGUAUUUGGGGAACGGGCGGGACGCGACCGAUGGUUGCGCGCGUUGCACCGCGUUAUGUUCGAAAAAAUGGUGAUUCGUUCCUUUACGGAUCGGCAUUGUUCUCGCUACCCAGCGACCUUGUCUAAAAUGACCGCUUUUGGCGAGUCGCGUACGGUGCGGGCGGACGAAAAGCGUGUGAACGAAUGAACAGCCAUCGUCGUGUCCCGGCUAGGCCUCUUUCUUCUUCUUUCUAGUGAGAGUCGAUUGCGAGGGAGAGCUAUUCCUAGUUUGAAAUUUCGCUUCAGGCGAAUCGCGUCCCUACGAUUUCGCAGCGUAAUCUCUCUACCGCAAACAAGCACGUUUUGGGUCGUGGAACUUUGGUUUAUAUAUCGCGCGAAGUCUUAUAUAUAUAUACAUAUAUAUAUAUAUAUAUAUAAAUCUAUUUUUUCGAACGUAAUAUAAGAGACAAAUAAUAAUAUAUUUCCGAGUAUGUGUAAAUAAAUGUCACACGUUGUGCUUCUUUUCCGGAGAGAGAGUACGUAACACGAAUCCGAUCGCCGAUCUCGUACACUUGCGUCAGUCUUUUGUCCUUUUUUUUUUACGUACGAGAUAGGGAGAGCGGAUCGCGCGCGCGCGCGUUGUUUCCAUCGUGGUAAACUUUGCAGGUCCUACGUUUUAUGCAGGCGUUGCAAACUUUUAGAUGGGAAUGCGCGCGCGCGCCUCUCUAAGAGGAUACAAUGGGUGUGCCGGCUUUUCCGAAAAGGGCGAGGAACAUUCGGCGAAAAUGUUUUUCGACCGUCGACCGCUCCCCCGAGAUUCCUGCUGCCCUUGCGGACCGCAAGUCAGUCACCCUCCCUCCCCCUCACACCAUAUAUAUAUCAUAGUCGAUUCGAACGUGACUCCGUAAGAAAAUACGGCGAGGCACUACGUUCAGUGAGAAAAGAAAUAGUUAAUUUAAUUAGGCUAGAAGUCUCGAACGCGAGAUGGAUACUUAAAAUCGGAAAUCUUUACACCCCGUCGCGGAACCGUUCGUGAAUCUGCGAGAAUACGCAAGCAAUAACAGCAAGGCCUUGCGAGUAUUCAGAUGCCUACUGUUUCGAUACAGCAGAAACGCUUCAACUAUUAAUUGCAGUAUUACUAAAUGUAUACAAAUUAAGUAUAACAUACACACGAUACAUGCUUCACAUAUACACACAUACACGCAUACACACAGAAACACACACACCGUCAAUGUACACUCUAAGUACCCCUCGAACAUGACGCGCAACUUACGAGAAGACUUUGUAAAUAAUUAGAAUGUAAUUGAUAUUAUAGGCGCCAAGAUCUAUUAAGAAUAACAUCAAAUUUAUUUAUAGUAAAUUUUCCGAAAUAUCGCA